CUGGUUACAAACAUGGCGAAUCACGUCGUGUCCCGUGCUGUCCCACCAUCUCUUUCUGCUAAAUUUGUGGGAUCUUUUGCAUACUUGACGGUUAGGGACAGACUACCGACCAUUCUUACUAAAGCCGUCGACACCAUCCAUCGAAAUAAAAAUAAGUUUUUUGAAGAGCACGGAGAGGAGGGUGUCCAAGCUGAAAAGAGAGCGAUUUCUUUGCUGUCCAAACUUCGUAAUGAGCUGCAGACAGACAAGCCGGUGCUGGCCCUUACCGACGAUAUGGUGGACAUGGACAUGUGGAACCAGUACCUUCAACGCCAGCACACCCUCAUGGAGGAGAACGAGUGCCCAAGCUGGUUUAAAUCCCCGUGGUUGUACGUGGAGUGCUAUAUGUACAGGAGGAUUCAAGAGUCUUUACGUCUCAAUCCCCCAAUCUGUGAUUUUGAUGUCUUCAGGGAAGCAAAAAUGCAAAGCUUCUUUGAGUCUCAACAGGCCAUAAUAGCAAUUUGUACGUACCUUCAAGGACUCAAUAAAAAUAUUGAUGAACUUUCAGAGACACACCUUUUGGACCAAUUUCAGAAAUUACUGCAAGUCUCCUUAUGGGGAAACAAGUGUGAUCUUUCUAUCUCGGCUGGUCAGGAUAACUCACAGAAGUCCAGUCCAGUAGAUUCCCUAGAGAGUCUGAAACCCUUUAUCCUUGUGGAUGAUUCAAACAUGGUGUGGUCCACCUUGAUGAACAACAAGAGGCCAGAAGGAGCAGAGAAAUUACAGGUGGACAUUGUCCUGGACAAUGCCGGCUUUGAGCUCAUCACUGAUCUGGUUCUUGCUGACUUUCUUGUGUCCUCUGGCCUUGCCAGCAAAAUCCACUUCCAUGGAAAAACCAUGCCGUGGUUUGUCUCCGAUACGACAAGGGAGGAUUUUGAGUGGGCCAUAAAGCAGACUUUGGCAGCCAAUCACAAGUGGAUGUCUAAGAGCGGGGCCCAGUGGAAGUGCUACUUGAAGGACGGCACUUGGUCUUACCACGACCACCCUUUCUGGACCCUGCCUCAUGAGUUUUGCGACAUGGCCGCUGAUGCACCUGAUUUGUACACUACUCUGCAGAAGUCAGACUUGAUAUUCUUCAAGGGUGAUCUCAACUACAGAAAGCUGACAGGUGACAGAGACUGGGAGCACACUGUGCCUUUUGAGAAAGCUCUGAGAGAAUUCCAGCCUGCUCCCCUUUGCAGCCUGAGAACUCUAAAAGCCAAUGUCCAGGUGGGGCUACAGCCAGGCCAAGGGGAGAACCUGACUGCCAGUGAGCCCAACUGGAUGACCAGUGGAAAAUAUGCAGUGGUACAGUACUGCAGUCCUCAGAGAGAGCAGUAGGUUUUUACAUAAAGUUUACAAAUGAGCUACAGAUAAGCAGAACAAAAUAAGUAGAACAAAAGCAUGAAAUAUGAAGACUUGUUACUCGUGAUUAGGAAAACUAUAGUGGAAAGCCAUCUUCAAGAGACCAUUGAAAUUGUUUUAUUUAAUUGCACACCCUUUCACUAGAUUAUUAUAAGCCAUUCUUCCUGUAGUUAUGGAAUUAGUUGAUAAUUUUUGGGAAUUGUUUUCACAUACACGUAUGAUAUAAAUUCUGUGUGUGGAGAUUACACACCAAAGCACCUUACUUUAAAAAUUAUGUUCUCUCUUUUCAUUGAAUUCCUUGAACCAAUUUGUCAAAGCUUGUGAAAAAUUAUAUUUGUACAUAAGGACAUGACCGUCUCCACAUAUGAGAUGCUGCUACAUUCAUACUGCACUGCAUUGAUCAUUUUGAAUUAUGAACCAUGCAGGGUCUGGAGUCCUGCGCCACCUGGUGGCGGUAAGUUCUAAGAGCUCAAGAGACUAUAAAGGAAUCUGGAAUGAUGGCUUUAUCAGGAUGUCUCCAAUAAGUCCAGCAGCACGAGGUCAUUCUACAAGUUGUGUGUUUUUUUUAGUUUAAACUUAAUGCAUUAUGUUCAGGAAGGGCAUUGAAUGCAGCAAAUUAGAUGUAACGCUUUGAGUUUGUAAUUGUGUAGUUAAUCCAUUCUGUUCAAUUUCGUGUCAAGUCUUAAAAUUAGCUGCGUUUGUAUCAAAAACAUUUGUCCCUGGUGUGUCUUGGAGCAUGAUCUUUAUUUAAAUUAACAUACAAAAAAAGUUAUUUGUAAUUGUGUAGGGUUUUGCAGUAUUUCCUUCCUGUCAAAUUAAGCAGAACAGAUUUGAUUUUUCUUGCAUGUGUUUGUGCAUGCAUGAUGAUUUAUGGAUUACUGAAAUAUUGGCCGUUUACAUUUGAAACUUAAAUCGCUGAUGUUCAGGUUUCAGUGGGGGGUGCUCAGAAUGCUUUAUUCUUUAGUGUUUAUUGUCUUUGAGACAGUUGCAUCUGUAAUAUAGGAAUAAAUGUGUAUUUUAAAAAAUAAAUGAAGAUGCAUCAUUGCAGGAAAAUGAAUUUUGUAGGCUGUUUCCAUUAACAGUGGUCUCAGAAGGUACAGUAUCAUCCAAGUCAUGAACAGUCUUACUAAUAAACUAAGAAAAACAGUGCUUUGAUGGUUGUGGUGGCUGGUAGUUUUAUGUAAUGUCUGUUAUAAUGUAUCUUGCAUAGCUUCAUGUCAUUAUAUCUUUCUUUGUCCCCAUAUACAUAUCUACCACAAGCUGAAAACCUUUUAUGUACAAAUCAUUGUAUUUUUUUUUUUUGUACCACAAAUUUUUGAUAGCAUUUUGGCUCAAAUUUGGCACAGCCAUAGUGUACAAAUGUACACAAAGUAUGUAUUAAUGUCAAAGUACUUUUUGAAGGGCCACACUAUACCGGUGAAAUACAUGUAUUUACCAAUGAAUCUUAGUAGUCUCAAGAUGUCAAGAUACUCAUUGCUCAGAUUCUAUAAUAUAGAUUCAUGAACACGAUUUUUGCCUAAUGUCCUACUUGCACUAUCACACAAACCAGGCACUGGAACAAUACACAGCAUCUGAUGUUUGGUACCUAAUACUGUAAAGGUCUGGUAUGCUGAAAGGCAACUGCAAGCAUUUUGAAAAGCAUGUCUCUG